CAAUCAAUAUUUAAUUAAUUUGACCCCACUUUUUACUGCUUAUAUCAUCGAGAGAAAGGGAUAUAUAACGUUACGAAACGCAUUGUUAAUGAUCGUCGGGUUUCGAAACCCUGUAUCAUGUAAUGAAAUGUACGAAAAUUUGUCACUUCAUUUGCGAACGUUGUAAACUUCGCAUUUCCUCUUGAAAUUACCACAAAAUAUACAUAUUAUUAGACUUUGCUACUAAUAAAAAAUAGUGACAUUUAAUUUAAAAUAUAUAUAUAAUACAAUUCUUUAAAAUGAUUAUCAUUUUUUUAAGAAGAAUUUUAAAUUCUAUUCGCACAAUAAUUGAGGAAAGCGUUACUCUGCUAUUCCUUCUUCCACAAACGAGACUAUCAACAGAAGAGAAAACAAAGACUGAUAAUAAUAAUUAUGAAUUUAUUCAUAAAAGUAAAAUACCAACAAUGCAUUUUCAGGCAUCAUUGCCACGAUUACCAAUUCCAAAAUUGGAAGACACAUGUCAAAGAUAUUUGAAAGCACAAAAAUCUCUAUUGACUGAUGAACAAUUUACAAAGACACAAUCUUAUGUCGAUGAAUUUUUGAGAAAUGAAGGAUUAUUAUUUCAAAAAGAAUUAAUAAAAAAAGAUAAAAAAAAUCGUCAUACAAAUUAUAUUAGCGAAUAUUGGUUUGAUAUGUACCUGAGAGAUCGUAAAUCAUUGCCAAUUAAUUAUAAUCCAAUUAUAAUUUACAGUCAAGAAAAUGAUAUGAGCUACAAUGAUCAAUUGGUGAAAGGGACAAAUUUUAUUGUUUCUUCAAUUAGAUUUAUGAAAUCAUUACGUGCCAAUGUAUUAGAACCAGAAGUUUUUCAUUUGAAUCCAAAAAAAUCGAAUACGAAAUUAUUUCGUAAAAUUGUAGGAAUUUUGCCAUCAUGGAUCUCUUGCUAUGGAGCUUAUGCUUUUAAAGCUUUUCCUUUGGACAUGUCACAGUAUGCAAAUUUAUUUAAUUCAACAAGAAUUCCAGAAAUUGAAAAAGAUCGAAUUUAUUUGGAUAAAUCAGCUCGUCAUAUUCUUGUAAUGAGAGGUGGUAAUUUUUAUUGUUUUGAUGUAAUAAAUUCCGAUGGUACACUAGUGACACCGACAAAAAUUGCUGCAAAUUUGAAUUUUAUACUUGAGGAUAAAAAAGAAUCAUCAAAAAAUCCUAUUGGAAUAUUUACAACAGCUGAAAGAGAUCAAUGGGCAGAAGCAAGAACACAUCUUUUAAAAAUUGGAAAUGAAGAUAUUUUAAAAAAAAUUGAUACAGCUGCAUUUGCAUUAAUUUUCGAUGAUGAAGAUUAUAGUGAAGAAUUUCUUAAUCUUUUACGUAAUUUUCUUCACAGUGAUGGUAAAAAUCGUUGGUUUGAUAAAUCAUUUUCUCUUAUUAUCACGAAAGAUGGUACAGCAGCUGUGAAUUUUGAACAUUCUUGGGGUGAUGGAAUAGCAAUUUUAAGAUAUUUCAAAGACGUAAAAGCUGACAUUAUGAAGCACUGGUGGUUUAAACCAGAGGAUAAAUUAUUAAUUUCGACAAUAGAGCCAAAUGUUGAAUCAUUGGAAUUUACAUUAGAUGAAAAAGUAAAAGAUUUAAUUCAAUUGGAAGUGAAUAAAUACAAAAUAUGGACAAAUUCAUUGAGUGUUGAUUAUAUUUCAUUUAAAAAUUUUGGAAAAAAUUCUAUUAAAAAAUUUGGUGCCAGUCCCGAUGCAAUAAUACAAUUAGCAAUUCAAUUGGGAUUUUAUAAACAAGAGGGUAAAUUUGUUGCAAGUUAUGAAGCAUGCAGUACUGCCGCAUUUAAACAUGGACGCACAGAUACAGUGAGACCUUGUACUGAACAAACAAAUACUCUUUGCUCAAUAUUUUGUGAUAAAUCGUCAACAAUUUCUAAUGAUGAAUUGAAAAAAAUGAUUAUUGAUUGCAGUAAGACGCACACUGAACUUGUGAAAAAUGGCGCUAUGGGCCAGGGUUUUGAUCGUCAUCUUUUUGCAUUGAAAAAAAUGCAAGAGGAAUUGGGAAACAUUAAAUCGUCUCUUUUCGAAGAUCCAGCAUAUUCAUCAUUAAAUUAUAAUAUUUUGUGUACGUCAACAUUAUCAACUCCGGCUAUGCUUGGUGGUGGAUUUGGACCAGUUGUUCCCGAAGGUUAUGGAAUUGGAUACAUGGUGCUGGAUAACGAAAUAAGAGGACUUAUAACGUGUUAUUCGAAACACAAUAAUGCAACUGAAUAUGUGAAAAAUCUCACAUCAGCACUGGAAGAUCUUCAGAGAGUAAUGAUAUCUUAAAAAUCAACAAAAUUUCCCUUUUACGAGUUUUAAGCUCUCUAAAUAUAACUUUUUUUGUUAAAUAAUCUUUUAUAUAUAUCUUUUAUAUAUUUUAUAUUUUUCAUAAUAUAUAUAUAUCUUGAUUUUUACAGAGGUUGUAGUAAUUUUUAAAAUAAAUAUAUACUUAUACACUGUA